CCCGCGCCGCGCCGGCCCCGCUGGCGCCUGGAAGGGACCGCGGCGACCCCUCCGUGCCUCGUCCUCCUCCUCCUCCUUCCUUCAUCCAUCCUUCCUCCGACCCGCCGGCGGACAGCCCAGAAGACAGGGGUUAAAAUGAAUGAAGAUCUGAAGGUUAAUUUGAGCUGGCUGCCUCAGGAUCAUAUAGAAGCCAGCUCUACAGAGAAUGCCUCAGCUGCAGGCUCCUCCCUCGUUCCUGCCGUAGACCCUAAGCCAGAGCUUUUGGUAAACCCCUGGGACAUUGUCUUGUGUACUUCAGGGACCCUUAUCUCCUGCGAAAAUGCCGUUGUGGUUCUGAUCAUUUUCCAUAAUCCCAGUCUUCGCGCCCCCAUGUUCCUCCUGAUAGGCAGCCUGGCGCUGGCAGAUCUCUUAGCAGGCAUUGGAUUGAUCAUCAAUUUUGUUUUUGCCUACCUUCUGCAGUCAGAAGCUAUGAAACUGGUUACGAUUGGACUGAUUGUUGCCUCUUUCUCAGCAUCUGUUGGCAGCUUGCUGGCUAUCACUGUUGAUCGUUACCUCUCCCUGUAUUAUGCUCUGACUUACAAUUCAGAGAGGACUGUCACUUUUACCUAUGUCAUGCUUAUAUUGCUCUGGGGAGCAUCUAUCUGUAUUGGACUGCUGCCUGUAAUGGGCUGGAACUGCCUCAGAGAUGAAUCUACCUGCAGUGUUAUCAGACCACUCACUAAAAAUAAUGCAGCUGUCCUUUCGGUCUCUUUCUUGCUUAUGUUUGCCCUCAUGCUGCAGCUCUACAUUCAGAUCUGUAAAAUUGUGAUGCGCCAUGCCCAUCAGAUUGCCUUGCAACACCAUUUCCUGGCCACUUCCCACUAUGUGACCACCCGAAAAGGAGUGUCUACUUUGGCCAUUAUUUUGGGGACUUUUGCUGCUUGCUGGAUGCCUUUUACGCUCUAUUCUUUAAUAGCAGAUUACACCUAUCCUUCUAUAUACACCUAUGCCACCCUCCUGCCAGCUACCUACAAUUCCAUCAUCAAUCCUGUAAUAUAUGCUUUUAGAAACCAGGAGAUACAGAAAGCACUUUGGCUCGUCUGUUGUGGUUGUAUUCCUUCUAACCUGUCUCAGAGGGCAAGAUCACCCAGUGAUGUCUGAUUGGCAGCCAGGAGGACGCUCCUUAACAUGUUACUUUCCAGACAUUCUGUCUUUGGUUUAGAUGCAUUCAUUAAAUGGUGUGUGAUGGGUUCACAUAAAAACCACAGGAUGGACGGACCUUUUUGUAAACAGAAAACCCCAGCGACCGAAAUCAAUCAAGUGGUUUAAGGAAGAUUUCCAAAAUCAAAAUAAUCAGUGUUCUUACAGACUUAUGAUGUUGCUCAGGGUCCUUUUUGUCAUAUUACCCAGACUUUGCCAUGUUUGCCAUGAUUUUACAUUAAGUUUUCUAAUUAAAAUUAGAUUGAAAUAGCAUACUUCUUUAAAAUCAUUUAGGUGAUUGAGUUUAGUCAUACUGCAUGUUACAAUCUGUUGUUAGGAUAUUUUUUCCUCUUUAAUUUUUUUUAAAAUGGAAAAAAACCCAAACCAAGUCCUGUUACCCCAUCUGUAUAUCAUGAGAAUACUCUUCAAAAUAAUGGCCAAUUGUACUGAUUUAUAUGGUAUUUAUUGUAAUAAUCUCAGUGCAACAAAUUUGCUUUAAGUGAGAAAGUAUUUGUGCAGCUUUUUAUUUUACAUCUCAGCAUGAAUUAGGUUGACAAUUGUUUUCAAGAGUUACCUGUUCUCUCAUGUGGCUGGGUGUUAAAGCAAGAGAUAUGCGUUGCUUUCCUUUUCAAAAGUCAGACGUAUGUUUUCACUUGCAUGUUGGACAUUGGAGCUAUGCUGUUGAUUUUAAAACUGACGGGGGUAUCUUUGAAAUUGAUGAAAUAAUAUGGCCUCUUUCGGCUAUGCAUUUGUAAUAGAUUGAAAACUAGGUUUCUCAGACAAGUUUAUCUUUUCAGAAGAGUAUAAGAAAUGUUUCAUAAAACAACCUACAAAUUGUGUGCAGCACGUUUUUAGCACUACAUGAAAUGGUUCCCCUGCAUUUGUUAUCAAGUCAAAACUAUUACCAUUUGUUUUCACUGUUCUCCUAUGUAAUUUUAAAUACCAACAUUUAUAAAUUCUCAAAGCAUAUCUGGUUCAAAGUUAUAUGCAACCAGAACUGCAAGAUGAAACAGCGUUUUCUCCUUUUCUGGAAGUUUCAUUCUUUGCACUGUACACACGUCAGUUCACUUAAUUAUAGGACUUCAUUAUAGUGCUGGUCUAGAAAGCAGAGCUUCCUCUCGUGAAUGGUUAAAUUUCAAACUGCUUCUAACCUUCCACUGAAGCCACAUUAGAAUGCACUAGAAAUAAAGCAUUGUUUUCUGAUUUCUUGAAGACUUGAUUGUCAGAGAGAAAAUCUUCCUGGCACUUGUCUUCGUGAAACUUACGGUGUACCCUCAUGUCAGUGCAUGGGAGUUUAGAGUACCGCUUCCAUUAGUGUUGAUGGGAGCUCAGUGUGUUCAUGCCCUGGCAUCAGUAGGAGGUUAUACUCCCUUGAAUGUCAAAGUCUGCAUAUUGUAUUGUUGCUUCAGUACCUUCCAUUAAAAAAAAAAAAAAAUCCAAAACUCAAAUGUAAAAAUAGCAAUAUUUACAGUUCAAUGAAAAAAUAUACCUGUGUAGUAGAGAUAGUAGAGACAACUGUGCUGCUGGUCUGGAUUUUUCCAAAUGGAAUCUGUCCUUUUCAUGUGGACAUCUGGAUGACUGUAGCUUUUUGUGGCAAAGUUUCUGUGACGUUAAGAAUCAUAUGCUAUACACAAAGCUGAAUCUCAAAUGUGAGUUGUCUGUAAACAAGGCUCUGUAGAGAUUUUUAUGAGCAAUAAUUAAUUUUAGUUGCAAUGCUGCGUUUAAAUUCCAUUAUUUAUUUGGUUCAACCUUCAUGAUAUUUGGUUUUUACUUGGUUAUCUGAUUAGCUUAAUAAUUGCAUGGCAUGACCCAGUAGAGCUGUGAAUUUGAAGCUCCCCUGGCUUCCCUGUGAUUUACAGAUGCUCAGCAAAGUUAGACUAUAACCUCUGCUCAGUGUAGGGUAUUGGUGUUCUUCAUCUACUUAUGAAUGAUACUGAAACUCUAGUCAUUGAAUUUUGUUUCAAUUUUUUGUAUAAGAAAUACUUCAUAAAUAUCCAUGCUACAAAUGUGUGCAGUUUUGCAAGUAUGCAAACUAUUGGGAAAUAAUGGCAGUAAAAGUCAUGAGAUGAAUAAUGUAGAGAGGCUAAGUAAUGUAGGAUGGUACUUUUAAAAGAAAAAAUAAGUUAAAGUCAUGCAAACUUUGCUCCCCCUGCUUUUUCCCUUGUUUGUUCUUCUGUAUCAAAUUGCUAAAAGUAUGAUGAAGAUGAGCAGCUACAACUGUGACGAAAAUUCAGUCCUGAGGGCAACUGUUGUUUUCCUUAUGCAGACCUGUUCUCAUCCUCUUGGAUAACCUCACAGGCAUUAGUGUUUUUCUCUAGGCAACACCUGUGUGGUAGGGAAGCCAGAGAAAAACAGCACAGAGGGAGAUAAUGUUGUCUCCUCUUCUCAUGCUGUUUCACCUCGUGUCCUUGUCAUCUUCCUCACUCUACAGGCUGCUCAAUUCUGCAGAGGCUCUCCAGUGUGCCGGGGGAGCCGACCUCUUCCUUGUGCCAGAGCAGAGAGAUUUGUAAUUGGAAGCUUCUCUCCUGAGGAGCAGAGCAAGUCAAACGGAGGAAAGAAGGAUUAAUUAUAGCAAUCCCACAAAGCUAGCUCAUAGGGAUGUGAUUUGCCCUUGUUUGAGGAGUUGUGCAUGGUUACCUUCCACCACAAACAGAUGAGAAACAUGAUUCUGCCUCCCAAGCUACUGCUGUGACCUCCAGUGAGGAUUUUGCCUCUUCCAGAAAUAUGUUCUUAAAUUGAGACUGUGCAGUAUAGGCCAGAAAAUCCUACUGAAAGUCAAUGACAUAGGUUUGCCUGCAGCUCAAAACUUUGCAGUCUGGCCAAACUUUACCAUGGUCUGCAGCACUGGGAUGGGUGCUACAUAACACACCUCUGACUGAGCUCUGGGAAAUAGGGGCAGAGCUGUGGGUACAAAGCUGCCUACCUCACUUGCACAGAAGAAGUGCUUGACAGCCAGCGACCUUUCAGACCCUGCAGAAUUAAGCAACUCUCUGCUGUCCCCUCAGAAUGACAGGGGAGGCCCCCGUUCUGUGUGGUGAGAUGCCAGAUCCAUCCAAGGCCCUCCUGAAACUGGCAGAAAUCCAGCCAAUUUGCAGUUUCUGAUAUUUUGUUGUCCCAUCAAAGGACAACAGUGCAUAAAACCAGGGGGAUUAGAGUCACCAUUCUGUGUACAGUGAAGUCGCUUUCAUAUCUCCUUUGUAAUGACAAAAGAUUGGGGGUUUUUUAACACGUAAUUUGGUUUAAAGAAUAGAAGUUUGUGUUUAUUUAUUAACACACUUGACCCAAAGUUAAUAACAUGUUGUAUCCUGAUGGGAAAACUUUAUUUAGGUAUACAUUUAUCCUCAAAGCUUGGGAGAGGAUUUUUUAAAAUUGUCUUCUUUUUUUUUCUUUUUUUUUUUUUAAACCGUUUCCCCCAAUAGUAGUAUUUCAGCAAUAAGGAGAAAUAUGUUUUUAGCACAAGAGCAAUAAAAUCCUCCAUGAUGUGGAUACUAUAAAUUGCUGAAUAAACUCAGAGCAAUAGAGAGGAAGCAAUAUAUAUUUUAGACAAAAAAAAAGUAACUUGCAUAAGAACUUUCAGUAAGCGUAAGUCUUCCUUUGUUAAGCAGAUGCUAUCAGACCGAUGUGGGACAUUAUUUCUGGUUGAUUUGUUUUGUAAUCAUUGAAUUCCUGAAUAGAAUUACACAGCAAUAACAUUUUACCUUAGUUCUUGGAUCCUGAAUUUGUGCUAUUUGCUGAAAGAAUUAUAUACUGCAGUGGGGAGUUUUAUUCUUUUCAUUGUUUGGCAUUUAGUUGUACAGCAUUCUGUGGAUAAAUUAAUAGUGUUCAGGAUUUCCAGUUGUAACUUAAUCCCAGGAAUACCCGAAUUUGUCAUGCUCAUCAAGAUGGCUAUGAUAAAUGGUGCUAGCCCAUUCUGAAGACAGCUUGUUUAUGAUACCAGUGGAGAAAACCCCUACCAAUACCCAGGCUCUUUGGAAGCAAGCUGAAAGGCCUGAUACUGCUGCUGUAUCUUCCUGCCAUGGACACUCAGCAGUUGCAUCCAUCCUUUAGUGUUCAGGGACCAGCCUUGAGGCAUCUUGGAGUCACUAAAACUCCUCCAUGGACAGCAGUGAACUUUGGCUUAUACCAGGGCUCAUGCUGUCCCCAAAGAGCUAUUAUUCUCUUGCCUCAUUUUCUUAGGGAUUUUUUAGCUUUUAAAAAUAAAAUACAUGUGACUUCAUUUCCCCAAGGUGAUAAGCAACCUGCUGUGUGACUGGAAGUUGGGAUAAAAUAGCAUUGCUACAAAUCAAGCCCCUGAAGCAUAACUACACACUCAUUACUUUAAAAAAAAAGGCGGUUCUGUAACAUUCAGAACAAUGUUUUCAGAAUGUUGACCCUGACUUUUAUGAAGAGAAACUAUAUAUUUGGUCUGGUUUUUCUGUGUACAAUAAAUAAAUAAAAAUAAGAAUUGGACAGAGUAGUUGCUAUUUAAAAACCCACCAGCUAUCCUGUAAUUUUAUCGGAGAUACUGAACAGUUCUAGAUUGGCUUAGCGGUUGUCCAGAGAUGUUCAAUGGAGAAAAAGUAAGAUCCCUCAAUCACUGCUUAUAGGGAACUAAAAGGGAGUGGUAUAAUUUAUAUCUCAUGAAUAAGCAAUAGGUCAGGAAAGAUAAAUUAGGCAUGUGUAUCUCCCUCAUCUGUCAGUAAAAGAAUGAUGGUACUCCCAAUAAACUUGAAAAGGCUCCUCUCUGGAAAUAGUUUUUUGGUACAAGAGGAAAUUACCCCUUAAAACUGGGUGCUUCUCUCUUCUUCAGAUCAAGAAUGUGCAGUUCCUUUUAAUGGAUCAGAAAUCUGGAUGAACUGCACGGAUAUCUGCUUUCAUAUUAAGUGGAUGAGGAAAGAUGAGAGAUGGAAGCCUUUAUGGCAGCCAGGUUCAGUCACUCGGUGCUUGAGCUUGGCCAGGAAGGAUGCUUGAAUAAAUGCAUCCCCUGUGAGAAGGUUAUUUUGAACUGUCCAUUUGGAACCUUACCCGAGGUACACAGAGCACCCGGGAGGGCCCUGGGGCUGUGCCUGUUCUGGGGUGUGGUGCAGCAGUCCUGUGUCCUUGAGGCUGGCAGUACAGCUGCCCCUCUUGAGGGAUGUUCAGAGAGCAGAGAGGAGAUAUGAUCAGAAGUGAGGCCCACCUUCCUUGAAAAUAUUUUCCAUAUUUUAUUCAGAUUAUUACUUUUCUUGUUAGCACAGUCUUGCAUGGCUCCACUUGAAAUCAGAAGAGGGUUUUUGUGGAAAAAUACUGAAAAUUCAAAGUGGGACCACCAGAAGAUUGUUUUACAGUAAGUCAUUAUGUAUUUCUGUUUCUUUUGGGGAGCAGCUAAGCCUGUACCUUUGUAGUAAAUGUUUCUUUGAAAACAAUAUGCCUUUGCACUAAAAAAGUCCAUGCUGCAGUUUAUUCACAAAAUUGUUGUGAUCUUGUAAGCCCCCCAAGAAGAAAGAGUUGCACAUUUCACUGUUAACUUCUUACAAAAGAGAAGGGAAAAAACCAAACCUGAAUGUAGGUUAGAUGAAACCAUAUUGCAAUUAAUUAGUGUGUCACUGCUGUGAUGCCAACUAAUUCAGUGCCCCAUGGAAAGGACGGGGGGAGACUUUUCCAGUGGAGAUUCUUUGUAAAUAGGUUGCAAGAGUAAAACUCAUUUUAAAACAAUGAUCAGUUACAGUUGCUGUCACAAACUCCUUGAAUUAGCUUUUAAAGAAAUUGUCCUCACCUCCCCAAGCCUUUGUUUUGCACUUUACAUAUGCCAAGGCAAUUUUUACACACUUGCUGACAUGACAGAUGUUCAAUUGGACAAGAUAGUAUUACAUGUUUCCCCCUCCCAGGUAGGGGAAAGUGUGUUAUGUCCCAGAACUGAUGAACUGAUUUAGUUAUCUGAUAUCUCUAAGUAGCCCAGACCUUUCUAAAAAGCAUGGAGUACUUACGGACAUUCAUUGCACAUUUGGGGGCUUCCUUGAAUUACAAGUGUGGAGUAUUACUAUUUUAACUGGUGGCCAUAGGAUUAGAGGUUGGGUUAUUUUUUUUUCUCCUUCACGUCCCCACCAUUGCAGCCCCCGGCAGUAAGAUGUCUGGUGCAGUCCUUUUUGUUUCAAGGCAGGCAUUGGUUUGCAGACUCAAUGAUCGUAAAGGUUUUUUCCAGCCUCGUAAGUACAGUGGUGCAUUCCUAGGAAAAAGCUGAUAUACAAAGUUUUUAAUAGUUUGUUAUAACCCUUUCAAAUAUAUCAGCAGUCCUUUUUCAUUGAACAACUUAAGUGAGCAUUUGCCUUGUACAGGAAAUACCUGAUUCACCUGUGGGGAGGGAAAGCAAGUGUACUGCUACUGGUUUUUUUACGCUGGUGGUAUUCUUUUUCCUCUAACCAUUUGAUCCCAACCAUAUGGUCUACCACGAUGUCCACAGGCCUACUCCUGGUUUCUGUAGGAAAAAGCAAGCCAGUACUAACUGCACAUGCUGAAGACUGCAUCCUGCAAUGAUUUACCUUAGAAUAUGGAGGGGGCUUCCACUUUGAAGAAAUAGAAGCCAGCAAAAUAGAGGUUUUAUUUUUUCUUUCAAGUAUAAACUCAUUCUUAAAAGGAAAUACCUAUGUCCAGGUUUAACAUACUAGUUUUAUUACGUGCUGAGUAGAGAAACAGUUUCUUAGAAUAUUUUAGUAUGCCAUUAACUUGAUUAAGUAUGAUGAGCUAUCACUUUUAAAUAGCAUAAUUACAUACUUAAAUAUUAUAUAUAUAUAUACACAUACAUAAUUAUUACAAUUAAUUAAGUUACUUUUUAUAUGUAUGACACGCCAUAUAUCAUACUCUGUACCUUCGUUGUGGAUGUGGUUAAAGUGUAACCUCUUUGCUGAGGCAGUUUCUUAUGAUCAAAGAAAAAUAUUGCCCAACUUGCAUGAGUCUUACAAACACUGAAAGAUCCAGCAGUAAUUGAUAUUUCAACAAACAAAGACAGGCUAGAGGUUUGGGAGGGGAAGCAAAUUAUCAUGGCUUUAAUUUGGACAAAUCCCACUGCCAGCUUUGAGAUUACAGGAAUGUGUUCUAUGACCGCAGGUGGUAUAGAACUCAGGAAAGAUAUUUGUCACAAGCAUGGGCCUACAGAGCAGUUACAUCUUUAUCCACACAUUGUUCCCUUUUGUCUCUCACUCUUUUUCUGUCUUUCAUAGGUGCUUUGGUGCAUAGGUGCUAUAAAUGUGCCUCUGAAAUAACGCUGUAAACUCUGUCUUUAACUUAAACAGUCCUUUAACAGGACUGCCCAGAUCAUGAUUCCACACAGUCAUGGGACACAGGUGGACAUUUCUCACUGCCUGAUGCUCACCUGGGGAAUAUUAGAGUUUCUAAAAAAAUUUACGCAUUCAUUUUUAAAGGGCACACAAAAUACAUAUAUGCUUCAGGGGUUUUCUGGGAAAAAGGUCUAGGACCUCUAAGAUCUAGGGCCAAGGUAUAGAGCUCUAAUGCAUUGAUUACUUAUGGUCCCAUAGAAUUUUCCUCUUACUUCAGUGUUCACUAAGAUUAAACCCAUCAAAAUAAUCAGGAAUUUGGCUUCCCCUGCUUUCAGGGAAGAGAUAUUUUAUAGUACGCAAAUGAAAGCAGCAUGACCUGGCCCUUCAAAAAUUGAAAUACAUCCAGAAAACGACAAAAGGUUGUGUCCCCGUGGAGUGUGAGCAGUUGUGCCACAUCCAUAGGUUUUUGUGUUGCCACUCUUUGGUUGCCCUCUGACAGUGUAGUCCCUCAAUAUAUGAGCAACACUCAGUCCACCUCAUGGUGCCUCUGCCCCAGAGGGCUCACGAGAAAAGAGCAGAGAGGUGAGGUGUUUCUGCAGUGUUGGUCACAGGUCACAGCAUGGUGGGUUUGGAAGGGAGCUCUGCUCUCAGCACAGAGCUUUCUGAAGGUGUGACAGAAAGUAGGGAGCCUUCUUCAACCACAUUCCAGGCAAACUGGAGCUCUUUUCUUUUGUAUCACCCUCUCAGUGUAAGCAGAGAGACUUUCCUUAGUCUAGGAGGAGGAGGGUAAGUGGUUGCUGGGAGUUAGCACGCUCCAGCACACAGCUUUUUACACGGCAGCUAUCCCAGAGCCGAGCAGCUGAAGGUACAGCAAUCUGCUUCUGAAGUCAGGCUGGUCCCGCUAGGAAGAAAAUGCACUUUUCCAGAAUGCAGGAGCAGUGUGUGUGAUUUGUGCCAAAAGUGUGGAAUGAGGAUUGCAGCUGAAGCGGCAGGUAAAUUGCCUGUGAUACACAUACAGCAAAAUAGGCAGUCUUUAGGGUUAUUUGCAUGUGCUCAAAUACAUUUUAUGGUUGAAGCUGAUAGCAGUCUCAUAUAUGUAUGGAAGAGGAGAAGAGUACAGACUUUCCUCUUGGGCCUCAGUCAGGGCCAACCAAAGGAAAUGGGCAUUCUUGGUUUUGUCAUUGUUUCUAGAGAGAGACAAAUUACACCUCUAUCCAUUUUGAUGUCUAUAGGUUUUUCCUCUUUGGGGCUAAAGUCCUCCUUUGUUUGGUCUGAGCUUUACUGUCACAGCCAAAAUCUACAAAAGUUGAUUGUAAAUGCGUUUACAAAUGGAAUUUCAUAGGAUAAGUGCUGUAAGUGUGCCUCUGAAAUAACACUGUAAACUGUCUUUAGCUUCAGGCCAUGAAAUUUGGAAUACCCCGGGCUAGUAGAACCACUUGUCAUUUUCUAGACUUACUAACUAGACCCCCACAUUUUUUGUUGCCAAAUGCAAUUAAAGAUAACCUGUAGUUUAUCACGUUCAUCUCAUGAAAUCCUCAGAGGGAACUUUUCCUAGGAAACAUUGUACAUUUCAGGCAGACACUCGAUACUACUGACUGCAGUGUAGUUCCGUGCUGAAUUCUAAAAGCUUUAGCAAAAGCAUCUGCAUGGAGGAUAGUUCUCAUGCUACACGUCCCACUAGGAGCCAGGUGGAUUGAAAUCCUGCAUGUUGUGCUUUUCAUGAGAACCAAUUACUGGUUUCAUACAUAAGGGCCUGUGGUUAUUUCUUAUACUAAUUUAGGUUUUUGGUUUGGUUUCUGUUUAUUUAACUGUGAUUGAAGUUUGAACCAUAGCUUGCCAGUGUAUGAAGUGAUUUUAAAAGGAAGUGAAACAUCUUUGCCUCAGUUUCCCUUAAGCUUAAAGCUUUGAAUUGCAACUACAGAGCUUCUUGUUGUAAACAAGAUAGUAAUUUAAUGCACUUUAUUUAAAAAAGGCACAAAUUAUUUUCUUUAUAAAAUGUUACAAUUGCACUAUGCUGUAAGAAUUGGUUACUAAAUAUAAACUGUACAGUUUUGUAGUCAACAUUGUAAGUGUUUAGUCAUAAAUGAUUGAAACAAUUACAUGUUUCAGUUAAAUGUUAAUUUUAUAUGUGGUGUAUGUAGCCAUAAAUAAAUUUUCCUUUUUAAAAAAAGAA